AACUGUAGUGUAAGAUAUCUAGCUGUCAAACGUGUUAUUUAUAAUUGUUGUUUGUUUGAGGGAAUUGUCAAGUUUUGUCGUGUGGUUUUAUCUUUUUUCGUAAGCAAUUGAAAAUGAGUGAGGAUAAGCGUAAACGCAGUCCUAAUUGGCUAUCGUCUGAAAAGGAACUUCUGUUGAGCCUAGUUGAAUUAAAUUUUAAUUUUAUAGAAAAUAAAAAGACUGAUAGAGUUACUGUAAAAUCAAAAUUAGCUCAGUGGCAAAUUAUUGCAGACCAAUACAAUAGUAGAACAAGCCACUGCUUUCGCACAGCAGAAAACCUAAAAGCCCAGUGGGAGAGUAUGAAAAAGGUAGCUAGAAAAGAUGCAGCAAAUAAUAGGAGACAUAUGAUUCAAACAGGAGGUGGAUCCCCUAUACCUCCUAAAAAGGAAGAUCCCUUUCUUCAGCGGAUCUUAUGCCUAAUAUCCACCAGUGCUGUUGGGUUAUUUAAACCUUAUGAUAUUGAUUAUAGUAUUCCUGCAGUGCAAGAUCAAACUGCAAUACCUUCUCUAGAGACUGAGGAUCUCCCAGAAACACCCGCAGCACAAUAUAAAGACGACCAGACAAGUGAAACAACAGUACAAAAUAAGAAUAAAGAUUUUGUGACAAAGGAUUGGGGACAUCACACACCGCAAUUGUUGAGGACUCCGGUGUCACAGGCACUCAAAAUUGAUGGUGCAGUGGAAAAAAAUACUCCUGUGACUGACCAUAUAGAGAACAUGAUUGAGAAGCAGAAACCAAAUCGCGGGACCCGGAUUUCUAGGAGGAGGCCAAUCCAUACAAAUAUGUCUUCUUUAGAACUGUUACAUAAAAAGAAGAUAGAAGCCAUAGAGCUACAAAAAAAACAUGCGAUGGAGGAAAUGGAGAGAACAAAGAUUUUACAUGACCUUGAUAUUCAAAUUAAAAAACAAAUAUUAAGACAAGAAAAAAUAAAAACAAAUUUGUUACUGAUCAAGCGAAGAAGAUUAUUAGCUUGCAGAAAAACUACAAAAUAACUUCUCAAAAUAAAUAAUUUAUAUUA